AUGGAGAAAACCAACCUGCCCCGCCCGCUGGACGAAAACCUGCCUGAAGUCGUCCCCGACUCGUCGCCGGAGGUCAUCCCGAAAAACGCCACAGCCUUCUAUGAGAAUCACCUCGGCGAUCGGUACCCCAAAUACCCAGUCAUCGCCGACGAUACCCCCAAGUAUGUCGGUGGGUAUGAAGCUUCUGCGACCGCUGACCCCGUCAGCCCGUAUCCAGACUCUCCCGCGCCCAGCCAUGGAUACGAACAAGCCCAGGCAGCUGGCUACCCCCUCCCCCCGGCAGAGAAGAAGAUACUGGGUCUGAAGAAAAGGACCUUCUGGAUCGUCGCCAUAACAGUUCUGAUCAUCCUCGCCGCCGCGCUCGGCGGUGGGCUAGGCGGCGGUGGACUAAAGUGCUUCGAUCCCGACCGCAAGCCCGAGCCCAACUGCGACAACUGGGUCAUCAUCGCGUACCUCAACCUCGAGCUCGGCAAGUCCGACGGUAACCUUCCUCAACGAGACCACGCCCGAGGACAGCUUCGCCUUCCAGGCAUGGUCGGAAAAAGACUUUCAAGGCAAGGCUUCUCCCGUCUUGCGUGA